CCGAAGAUUCUCCACGUUUAACUUGUCAGCAAAUUUUAUUCUCAAAAAAGUAAACUUAAACAAAUUGAAACAAAUCAGGCCCAAUCGUCGCAAAGUUACCCAAAAUGAAAAGACCGUCCAUAUUGAUUUCAUGAAAAAUUUACUGGUACCCAUUUGAAAUGCUGAUUUUAAUUUAUUGUAAUUCCUGUCAAAAGAAAAGAAAGAAGUAAAUUAAAAAAAAAUAAAAAAAAAAAACAAUGUUGCUCCCUGCCCUCUGGCACAUGUAUACCACUGAAUGAUCAUCGACCGUCCUGUCGGUGGAAGAACAGAUUAUCGGCGGUGACGAAAACGUGAGGAGUACUAGCUCUUAAUUGCUUUCGACUGAACGGCCAAGGAUCGCAUGGGCAAGGGGAUGAAAUUAAUCUGUAUCGGGAAUGGCUUGACACCCUCGGUUUCCGAUUUUGUUGAAGUACCCCGCCAAAUUUCGAGCAAUUUGUAUCAAUUUAAAUUCCUCGUAAAUUCAGGCUUUACCAUAAACAGUAAUCCUGAGCAUUAUAUGCGCCUCGUUUAACUGACUUGGACUCGGACUUGUGUAGUCCGUGGUGUGAGAAUGGCACACACAUGUUAGGUUUGAGUUUACACGCCGGAGUAUAAUUCAUUCUUUUGCCAACAGUUUCAUUUUCGAAGUCAUACAUUCAUUUUAUUUAAGCAUUAUUCGGACCAGUUUCCAGAGUGAAGAUCGUACUAUAAGAUGGCAGUUUUAUUCGUCUUAGCGUUGACCGUAGCGCUGACUAUUUGCGUUCCUAGAGCUGGAACGCUCUCAAUCGAAAUCCUCGAUGGAAAUCAAAGUAAUGCUGCUGUUGGAUCGAGCAUCAACUUAACGUGCUUCGUGUCGAGUAGCAAGGAAGAAAACCCCUUGAUAAAAUGGUUUCUCAAUGAGGAUACAUUAACUACGUGCGAGGGUGAAACGUUUACCAUCUUGAACGACACCAUCAAGGCUUGCAUUUUGACCAUCAGUCCCGUCUUGAAGGAAUCUGGAGGCGUUUAUCAGUGCAAGUUAUUUUCUUUAAGCCAUGAUCCACGAGAUAACAUACAUGUAAAUAUAACCCUGAGUAUCGUUGGGAUGACCAACCCGCAACCCGAUUAUCAUCCGAUGAUAACCCGUCAAUCUGACGAUUCUCCGAUGGGGCAUCGAGAUAUUCCGAUGCACAUCACCGACCCGUCGACCGGUGCUGUGCUCGACUACCCCGACUAUGGUCCCGUUGUUGUGCAGUCCGGCUCAACAAGGCUCUUUGAAUGCCUGGUUCAGGAUGCUCGACGCGGCGUCCUUGGCAUCUUGUGGACGCUUGGAGAUGAGACGGUGAUGGAACGCGCUGCGGCUGAGUCACCAUUCGGUGGAGGGCUUGUCAACGUGAGCAGCUUCUUCACCGUGAGGCACCCAAGAGACGAGACUCGAGAAAUUAACCUGACCUGCACAGCAAUGAGCGACGACGGAGACACGCCUCUUAACACAACAAGGGUAGAGAUAACGUUUUGCAGAGGUUCUGAGUACAAGAAGUCAAUGAUCGGAUUUCUCGUUAGUCUUUGCUUGGCGGCGACGAUUGCAGCUAUCAUCGCCGAAGUCCUGAUUUACAGGCACUAUAACGGAUAAAUUUGACGGGAAGAGGAGCACAGUCAUUUCGAGUUCAAUUGAACAUUUUUUUGGAAUACUGAUCAACUUGCUUGAUACAUUUAAAGUUAAAAUUUUAAAUGACACCAGGACAUAUCCCGGUUGAAGUAUAGAACAAAGGAACAAUACUAAAUCUUAACUGUGAUAAAGGUGAAACCGAAACCUAACAGUGUGCAGCCUUGUAGUAAUCGGGUCAUUUCGAGAGACGUUCACGCGGAUUUUGAACAUAUUCUCACCUCGCAUAUGACGAUAGAAAUCGUGUAUCCCACCUACUGUUGCUCAAUACCGAAUUAUGUUUCAUGCAUAUGUACACACAACCUAUAAGCAUCUGAAAAAAAACUCGUAAAUUUGUGGCUGUUUACAUUACACGUCCGUCACAGAGAGAAAGUGUGGCUUAUCUCAUGAACACAGUCUAGGCCUAAUGUGAAACCAAAACGAAUCGAAUUAUGCGAAACCCGUUCCUGCUAUAACAUAUGCACACAGAAGCCAUGUGUAAUUUCUAAAUUGUAUAGUAACCAGCCCCCAUUGCUAUAGCACCAAUAUAAUCAUGAUUUAGUAUGACUAGUGUUAUAUCGUAUACCGAAGGGCAAAGUACAGAAUCAGAUUGUGAAGGAAGGAAUUGCUAAUUACGUCUGUGCCAACUGUAUGUUCAGGGCAGUAUACAGAUUUCUUUAGAGGGGAAAAUUGUCUUACUCGAUAAAAGCUUGGCUCUCAUACUCACGCUAAUCAGUACCAUAAGUCAGUGCACAAUAGAUUGAAGAAAUUGUGAAUAAAUAGUUCACCUAUCGCAAAGCUACCGUACAAAACAAGCAAACUUGCAAAAUUUGUGAUCCCUUGGCAGUUCUCUCUACGAAGAAACGAAAUCUCCCUACUUGGAAUGGUAGGCACAAGUUAUUGUAUUUUGAAAUGUUCACUGUUGGUUUGAGUUGAUUGCGGCAAAAUGGGGUCGCUUCCGCAAAGUUUAUGAUUGUCCAAACCUAGCUGUUGAUCGGAUCGAUGUGCCGCACUGAAGGUACUGCAGUACCCAAUUCUCAAGCGUAAUUUUUAACGGUCUAUAGGAUAUGUGAACUUCAAACUCCAAAAUGGCUGUUCUUAAUCUGUUUGCAGUAUAGCAAGCAGCUAUUCCAUGUGCGUAAUUGUUCACGUGCACUGACGCCUACCAUUUUGGUUCCAACGACCGAGACACGCAGGUCACAACUUUAUACACAUUACGCAUCUCUGUAUGCAGUGGAUCCCAACCCAAAGGGGUUGGGGCAAGGUGCCAUCUGUCCCCCCCCCCGAAAUACGUACGCUAUGCUGAGUAUGUUCGUUGAAACAUAGUGUUAAAUUGUUCACCAGGUGCAUGUAUACAUACCUGCUUUAUUCUGUAGUUAACUUAAUGAGCUCUGUCAACAGGUGAAGUGGUAAAAUUUGCAGGUAUAAGAGAGACAUUUAGCUACCUGUAACUUCGAAAGCCUGUCGGAAUACUAGGUCAAUCGUAUCCACGGUAAACCAGGAAUCCAUUAUUAGUCUCUUUGUAAGAUACUAUUUUUAUGAAAAUAUGUAAGGGGCAAUGCAAACAAUGUAUCGGUAUAAUUGAUACGGAGAGAAAAUGAAAGAUCCAAAGAGCUGCAGCCUGUAUAUUGCAGAUUAACGAGAAGUCAAACCAUUAAAGGAACUCAUCAAGCCGAAUUGUUCCUCUCUGAA